AUGCCUACUGCAAUUCUUCGAGCCCGCAAUAUCGAACAUUUGAAUCGUAUAGAACUCAAGUAUCACCAUUUCGACGAAUCCGAACCCCGGCAGAUACCGAACCAGGUUCGAACACCGAGAGCUGGAGCGACUGGAGUUGGAUGGCCCAUUAGUGGUGGUGGUGUAGAAUCCAAUAUCAAACUUUCGAACAAGGGGAAAGAUAAUUCGAGAGCGGGAGCCACAUCGAGGGGUGGUUUAAGACCAGGAACACCAGCAAGAGCAGCAACAGCACCAGUCCCAGUACCGGCACCGGCUUCGAUAAAUUCGGGAUCUCGAAUCCAGAGAUGCGAAACAGCAGCGAGCAACCGAUCUAGACGUCCGAAACAGCGUCAGGUGCCAGUUGUCGAAAAGCAACAACCUGCAGCACGCCGGUUAGUGCCUUUCACAAACACUAGAGUGCCGGUGCCGACACCGAUGCCGAUGAUAAUGGUUGAAGAGCGCCGCGGGACCAACAUUGGCGACGGCCACAUGGCCAGCCACGGUGACCCGGUCAUGCCACCGGCACAGGCACAAACACAGGCCCAGAUGCAGACGCAGACGCAGAUGCAACCGCAGAUACCGAUACCCACCGACUACAACAAGUUCUACAACAUCAAUUCGAACCAUCAGGGCCAGCGGAGUGGCAUUGGAAUGGCAGUGGGUAUGGCGGUUGGAGUUGGAGUUGGAAUUGGAGUUGGGGCAGCUGUUGGAGCAGCAGGAACAGGAGCAGGAACAGUAACAGGAACAGGAGCAGCUUUCCCUCCGCGCAGGGAUUCCAAGAAGGGAAGCAACCCAGUCGACCGCCGUCAACCUCCAACCUCACAUCCUUCCGACUGGCCGCUCGACUCUUCUUCCUCAUCUCAACAACCUCAACAAUCUCAAUCUCAACCUCCAACCCCUCGCCAUCAUCAAUACCAUCACAACCACCAUCACCACCAUCAUCAAAAUCAGCAGCAGCAGCAGCAGCAGUAUUCCUCUCAUCGGGUACCCUUGCAAAGACAGCUCUCUCAACCAAACACUCCUUCCAGACGUCAUCAAAGUCCCGGUCGGCCUCCUACCGCCGGCAGCAAUACACACACUUCUCCUGGUCCUCCUUACUACGAUCAUGACAGGGGACAUGGUGUCAAUCCUCCUCUGAAUAGUUACCGGUCUACCGAGCAUAUGCCAAAUGCUUCGUCUCAGAGGUCUUCUCCCGUUCCUUUCGAAAAUCAUCAUCCCGGCCAGCGCCACAGGCCCCCGCCUCCGAACGGUCCUACGUCUCACGGACAAUUUCAGAAUAACCAGCCGAAAGGCCUAAGAAUCCGAACUGGUCCCACACCACCGCAUACACCCUCCCAGAAUCGAGGUCGACCGACCCCUGAUCAACGUUUUCCGACCGAUAGGAACGGGAGACUCCCUGAAGAAAGCGGCAUGAAGUCUCCUAUUAUCCAAAUGCCGUUGGCAUUUAACAAGAUUACCACCUCCAGGCAAGACCAGUCUCGUUCAUCUUCCCCCACUACCACAAGAUCACCCAUCGAAUCUUUCCAUUCAUCACUUCCGAACAUCCGUCCACAAGGUACCAGACGGCCGACCGUUCUUCGUGAGGAAGUAUCACCCCAGGAACGUUAUUCGCCACGUGGUACAUCCGAAAGUUUGACCAUGAGUCGACACGAUGAGAUUUCCCAUGACAGGCCCCAGUCGGCUCCGAGAAAGCCAUCGCCAUCGCCAGAGAAUUCUCAACAACGACCACAGUCCCCUGCAGUUAAUGAAGCUAAUGCCUCGGCACGAGGCUCCCCGCGCAUGAUCGGUCAACAUGACGACGCCGUUCGGUCUUCAGUUGUCACGAGCCAUUCCGCCACAACCACAUCGGCUUCAGAACCUGGUGACAUCUCCGGCGAAAUGUCGGUUGAAGAUGCUAUCGAUAUGUACGGCUCUGACGACGAUGACUGGGAUCCCACCGAAGUCCCAGUUAUCGACAAGCAAAAACGGACCGACAGCGGAACACCAUUGGAAGGAGGAGCAACGCCCAAAAAGGUUUCUAUGAAAGAGGAUAGAAUGAGCCGAAGUGGUUUGGCCGAUUUUUUGAUCAAACAGCGAGAAGAGGCUGCCUCUCCGUCCUCCCCUACGUCAGAUGAAAGAGGUGUCAGUUUGGUGCUAGAAAACGGUGUCAACCUCGAGGCCGAGCUACAUGAUGCUCAAAAUAACGAAUGGCAAGCAAUCACCGAUAAGAGAAAAUCAUCCAUUCCAGCCGAGGCCGAGAUAGCCGAUGACUGGAGCGAAAUUAAUCGUCCUGCUCCAGAGGACACACCUCCUAGAUACCCUCCAAUGAAGCCAUCUGCACCUCGUGAUCGAUACGGGUUCCGUACGGAAACUCAGUAUAUUACUGCAGCUGAAUACAACGCCUGGAAUGUCAAAUACGAAGAUAUUCUUGUUCGCCGGCAGAAAAAGUGGAAUGGUUUGCUCAAGGAGGCCGGACUGACCCCCCUGGAUAACGAGGUUCCCGUCCGAUUCCCACCUCGGUCUCAGAAAGUCAAGAGGUUCGUUCGAAAAGGAAUCCCGCCAGAAUGGAGAGGCAACGCUUGGUGGUUCUACGCUAGUGGCCAGAAGUACAUCAACAAACAUCCGGGUCUUUAUGAGAAACUUGUUGCUCAAGGCGCUCCAACCGAUUCUGAGGCCCCAGAACUUAUUGAAAGAGAUCUCCACCGCACUCAUCCCGACAACAUCCAUUUCAAGCCAGAACAAAAAUACCCUCUCUCCAAUGGCGCCAAGUUAACAAAGCAUAAGCAAUCCAACUCUAAGAUCGUUGAAACGCCUAUAAUUCAGAGUCUUCGACGUGUUUUGACAGCAUUUGCGGUUUACGUACCCAGAAUUGGCUACUGUCAAAGCUUGAAUUUCUGGGCUGGCAUGUUGCUUUUGUUCAUGGACGAGGAGAAGUCGUUCUGGAUGCUUUAUAUAAUCACACACCAAUACCUUCCUGGCACGCAUGAACGUAGCCUGGAAGGUAGCAAUAUUGACCAAGCUGUCCUGAUGAUGGCUGUCAAGGACGCCAUGCCUCACGUCUGGGCUAAGAUUAGCCUUUGCCUCGACGGUACCUCCGUCAACUUCAACAACUCUAAACUGCCGGACAUCACACUUUGCACUGCCUCUUGGCUCAUGUCUGGUUUCAUUUCUAACCUUCCGAUCGAAAGCGUUCUCCGUGUUUGGGAUGCCUUUUUCUACGAGGGUUCGAAAAUCCUUUUCCGCGUAUCCCUUGGCCUUUUUAAAAUCGCCGAACCAGCUAUUCGAGCUGUUGGUGAUCCAGUUGAGGUCUUCCAAAUCGUCCAAACAACACCACGAAAGUGCAUUGAUGCCGGUGCUCUUAUGGAUCUCUGUUUCAAACGGAGGAACGGAUAUGGUCACCUGAGCCAAGACGAUAUCGAGAACAGGCGACGAGAACGAAAGGACCUACUCGACCGCGAAAAGCGAGCAAAUGGCGAAGAUGUCCCCAGGACCAGCAGAGAUGAUAUGUCACUUCGCAAGGGCUUCGCUAGAGAGUUGAUCGAAGAAGGAGAAGACAGCGUGAGGAGAUUCAGGAACUUUAUCCACCACAAGAGAUAG